CGCGGCUCCGACAUGCUGAAAUCACGCGAGCCCGCAUUCGCGUCGUCGCCGAGCGCGCAAAAGAAGGGAGAGAGAGCGGCUCGAGACUGGGUCCAGCUUUUCUCCUGUGCCCCUCUUGUUAUCGACGCAAUCAUUCUCUGCUAUGGAGCCUCGUUCACGCUCACGCUGACGGUCUUCCAGGCCUUUUCGUCUGCCGGUCUGGGAGAGGUGAAGCGGGGACUCUCUGUGCUGCGGCAGCGACGCGCGCUCUUCGACCCAGCCUCGUACCAGCCCGUGAUGUCGGGCUUGUACUCGGGUGGCUUUGCAGCAGUAACGGUGCUGCGGAAUGAGGCGGCUGCCGCAGUCGCCGUUGGCGUCGACAUGGGAAGGCGGGUAGGUGGCAUUCUCGAGGGGCUGUUGCCACGAGCGGAGAACGGCGGUGCAUAUCAAGAGGAAUUGGAGCCGAUGGCAGACGGCCGAUCGGAGGUGUCGGAGAUGUUGUCUUCGCCGACCGGAGGCGGAGCGGCCUCUGCGCCUUCCACGUGCAUGAGAGGCUACCGUCGGCGAUGGGCAGCCGCGCUCCUUCUCGGUGUCUCUGUGUCGACGUUUCUCGCCCUCGCGCUCCUCUACGUCCGCCCGGUGCGAGUCGCAUCGCUAUGCGUGCUCGCGGCGCAGUCGCUCGUCGCGCACAGCGUGCCACUUCUCAGCGCGAGCCUUCGCGCGCAUGUGGAGAGCGGCACGGCGGGGCGAGGCGUCCUCGUCGGUGCCACUGCCGCCGUCGGCUUGAUGGUGCAGGCGGCCCUCUACCUAGCCGAUCCGAACGCGUGGUACCUACCCAACGGAAGCGCAAUCCCAACCCCACUCCGGCGACUGCUCUCCGCCCCUCUCGCCCUCGAGAACGGCCUUGAGGAGGUCCGCCUCGCGUGCAAGUGCGACCUCGCGCGGCUGCAAGGCCUCGCGAGCGUUGCCGGCUUUGUCCCAUUUGCGAAUUAUACGCUCGCGCCCGCGUACUAGUUGUCGCUUGUCCUCGGUAUGGGUGCGGGUUCGGGGGGAGCCUCUGGGCCGGCGCGGGGGCCCCAGAGGGUGUCCAUGCGGGGGGGAGAUGGGGUCCCAUGGCCCGCCGCAGGCGCCGAUUUUUUCGGGAUUUGUGGGCAUUCUUUACUUGUUUUCAUGGGAGUUCGGCCAUGCUAUCACGCCUUGCGACAUCCUUUCGGCGCUGCUGCCCGUGCCAUGAUGUGCUCAACUGUGACCGCCUGCAUAGCUCGCGGCCUUAGUAUCAAGCAUUCAGUGACGACCUGAUCGUACGGCCAGUAGGAAGGUGUCCUUCCAUCGUGUGCACGCUUCUGCGUUCUGGCGCAAUGCGCGUCGCCUCGGAUUGGCUGCUGGCACUCUCGAGGCUAUGCCUACACAGCCUCGCGCGCAUGGGCAGUCAAGAGGGACCACGCACCUUCUCGGGACAGCGCCGGUGCCUCUCUCUUGGACCGGCAAACGUGUGGUGUCGUGUCACCAAUGUGGGACCAGUGCGGCAUCGCGCCAUCGACAGUUCUGAACUGCGCCUCACCACUGACCGGG